AUGGUGACAUACAGCCCCACCAAGGGCAAAGUAUAUGCACUUCUCAAGAAUCAGGCAAACUCAGAUGACAUUCUCAAAGCGGCAUUUCAUGCACAUGUGCUUCUUCAUUUCAUGAAUCAAUCAAAAGUUAAUACCCUAAAAUCAGUGCAACAACCGGAUCCUGAUUUUGCUCCUGUGGUACAUGAGCUCGAGUCUCGAAUUGCUGAGUCGUGUGAAAUGGUUUCUACCUCAUAUGGCGUAUUCAAAAGCAGGGCUGCAGAGCAGGGUUGCAGAAUGUCAGAAUCUCUGCUUAAUCCUGGACGGGCUAGGUUAUGUAAUGCGCAUGAAGAGGUGGAGUAA